GGACUGAAUCAUGGUGGAGACUCAGGAGUGCUUUCCUUUUGGUUUUUUAUUGAAAUACCUGUUUACUUUGGUGGGACUGUUAUUGUUCCUGCUGGAUAUAGCGCUGGACAUUUGGACUGUUGUGUCAUUUUAUCAGGAUGGAGCCUAUGUGUAUAUGGCAGUAAUGAUCUUUCUGCUGCUGGGCUCUUCGGUGCUGUUACAGGUGUUCAGCUGGCUCUGGUACUCUGAUUCUAAGACUGAGACUAAGGUGGAGAAAUUUGCAGACCGGCAUUUGUUGAUCAAACCAUUCCACUUCCUGCAGCUCGGAGUUCAUCUCAGGUAUGCUGGGGUGAUAGAGACUUCCACAAAGGAUUUUCUUCAUCGCAUUAAUAAUUUCAGAAAUGAUGUGCAGCAUAGUACCAAAGAGGAUGGGAAUGCGAAGCUGAAACAUGAUUUUCUGAUGCUUCGUCUAUUUGAAGCAUUUUCUGAAAACACCCCACAACUCACACUCAUGAUGUCUAUAAUCCUACAGAGAGGAGAGCUGGAGCUUAUUACAGGAUUAAAAAUCCUCACAGCAGCUGCUGCAAUUGCCAUUAAUGUUGCCUUGUACCAUCGGGGCAUGCAUGUCUAUGGUUCUAAAGGACGCAAUAUGAGCUUGAUCUCCACAGUGAUUUACUUCCUGUGGAACUUGUUACUGAUUAUUCCCCGUGUAACUGCUCUGGCACUCUUCUGCAGUGUAUUGCCAUGCUACAUCGUAGCACACUUCCUGUCUCUGUGGAUGCUGCUGGUUUUAGUGGCCUGGAGCCAGAAAACAGAUCACAUGAAAAGUCCUGGUUGGGAAUGGCUCUUCAGAGCAGCUGUUGGACUCAUCUGGUACUUCAGCUGGUUUAACGUAUCAAAAAAAGGAAACAUAAAAGUAAAGAUGGCUCUCUAUUAUACUUUCAUGGCUUUGGACACAGUGAUGCUGCUGGGCUUCUGGUGCUGGAAGGUGUUUGAGUAUGCAGGCUGCUGGAGCUCCUUAAAUCCUUAUAUGGUGAUCCCGACACUAGUAGGUUUGUACGUCAUUGGAAUACUAGUGAAAAUUAUAUACUACAGAUGGUUUCAUCCCAAAAUGGCUGAACCCAGUGAAGGGCAGUUUAGACAAGCUGCAACAUAUGACGCAGACUCGACAGACUCGAGAGACUUGUCCCUGGAAGAUGCAGCUGCAGCUCCUGCGCAGCCUCUCACUGGAGUCCUCAAGAGGAGCAGGACCAUGGCUGCUAAUUUCUACUUUUAGUACUUGGUUGAACUUUUUGAAGAUUCCCCCUCCCCUUUCAAAAUUAAAGUUUGUAUUUAUAAUGUAUUUAAAUUUACAGUAAACCACAGUGCAGAACCACAGAGUUUACAGCAAAACAGUAUAUUUUAUUAACUGACAUGAUGUUAAUGUGUUUUGAUGUAUGUUAAUGUAUUUUUGAUCUGGAAGACUACUGCAGCAAUAUAUAAU